AUACAAAAGUAUAUCAUUAACAAAUACGGGUUAUUAUUAAUUUAUUAUUAGUGUUUUUACCAUGACCAUUAGUUGGUAUUGCUCAUGAAUUUUAUUUUAUUUUGGGUCAAAAUCAUGAAAUAUUUGUUAUUAUGAUGGUAAAUCAAUAGCUAUCUAAUGAUACGUAUACAGCAGAGAGCAGACUCGUGUAGUGAAAAUGCAACCCCAGGUGCUGUACAGGAUGUGUGAGGAAUGUUAAAAGAGCGAGCAUGCUAAGAUUAGUUGGAGGAGGUUAUGCAUAUAUAGUCAUGUGUCGUCGAUUAGAAUCUAAAUUGUAUAAUUAGCAAAGCUGGACCGUUAGUUAUUUUUGUACGUAACAUAAAAAAUAUUUAAUCGGACACUCCCACGGUAGGCAGCACAACACAAGAAGAUCAACAGACCCUAGACAGUUCACCGUCGGCGAGUCCUCUGCAUCUGUUAUCUUUUUGUUUCUGAAAUGAAUAAAUGCAUCAUUGCACUCGCUUUAAGCAAGCAACCAAAUAAUGGGCUUGGCAAAGAAGGCCCGGAUUAAUCAAUGAUGGAUAUUAUUAUUAGUGGGCUUUGAGUAAACCCUAAGCUUCAUAGAUUGGUCCUCAUUUUUAUUGCUUUUAUUGUUUUGGUUUGAAAUUUGAAAAGGGAUGAUUGCCUCCCAUUAUCAUCACGUCACGCGUCUCAAUGAUUCUCUCUUUCUUUCUUUCUGCUUCUUAUUUACGCUUCCCCUCUGAUUUAAUUUAAUUAAAUAGAAUAAAAACUCCUCCUUCUCGAAUCUCGAUCCAUCCGGAGAAGAAGAAGAAGGUAUCAAUUACAGGAGCUAAUGGAUAAUAAUUCAGUGACAACUCCAAGAGUGUUAUCAGUGAAGAUGUGGCCACCGAGCAAGAGCACACGCCUGAUGCUCGUGGACCGCAUCACCAACAACUUAACCACUCCUUCCAUCUUCUCCCGCAAGUACGGUCUCCUGACUCCUCCCCAGGCUGAGCACGACGCCAAGCGCAUCGAAGACCUCGCUUUCGCCUCCGCCAACAAGCACUUCCAGAACGAGCCCGACGGUGACGGCACCUCCGCUGUCCAGAUCUACGCCAAAGAAUCAAGCAAACUCAUGCUCGAAGCCAUCAAGCAAGGUCCCCAGGAGGAGGUUCAAUCCACCACGACUGCGGGUGGGGGGAGGGAGGAUUGCUUGUUUGAUUUAUCCGGUGGGCGUAGAGCCUUCAUUGACGAAUCCGAGGCCCGCGACCUUUUGCGCCCUUUGGCUGAUCCUAACAACAACUCUUUCACCAAGAUCCGUUUCACCAACAGGAGCUUCGGCUCUGAAGCUGCUAAAGUUGCUGUUAGCGUGCUGUCUUCUAUCAAAGAUCAGCUCACUGAAGUUGAUCUCUCGGACUUUGUCGCGGGGAGACCAGAGGCCGAAGCUCUUGAAGUCAUGAACAUGUUUUCGUCUGCUUUGGAAGGUUCCAAGCUUAGGUUUUUGGAUCUUUCGGACAAUGCCUUGGGUGAGAAAGGGAUCCGAGCGUUUGCUUCUCUCUUCAAGUCUCAGCGUGACUUGGAGGAGCUUUAUCUGAUGAAUGACGGCAUCUCCGAGGAUGCUGCGAGAGCGGUUCUCGAGCUGCUUCCUUGUACUGACAAAAUCAAGGUUCUUCAGUUUCAUAACAACAUGACUGGAGACGAAGGAGCGGUUGCCAUUGCGGAGAUUGUGAAGAAUUGUCCGUGUUUGGAGGAUUUCAGGUGUUCUUCUACAAGGAUUGGUUCUGAGGGAGGCGUUGCGCUUGCUGAAGCGCUUGCGUCUUGUAGACACUUGAAGAAGCUUGAUCUUCGUGACAACAUGUUUGGAGUCGAAGGUGGGAUUGCUCUGGCCAAGACUUUAUCAGUGUUGACUGAGGUCUAUAUGAGUUACCUUAACUUGGAGGAUGAGGGAGCAGAGGCACUCUCUGAAGCUUUAAUCAAGUCUGCUCCUUCUCUUCGAGUUCUUGAAUUGGCUGGGAAUGAUAUUACUGUGAAAUCCACUGGGAAGUUAGCAGAUUGCAUCGCCGCAAAACAGUGUCUUUCGAAGCUGAAUUUAUCUGAGAAUGAACUCAAAGACGAAGGGAGUAUCUUAAUAGCAAAGGCGCUUGAUGAAGGUCAUGACCAGUUGGCUGAAGUUGACAUGAGCACCAACAUGAUGAGAAGAGCUGGGGCAAGAGCCUUGGCAGGAAGUGUUUUGAAGAAACAGGCUUUCAAGCUUCUGAACAUUAAUGGAAACUUCAUAUCUGAGGAAGGUGUGGACGAGGUGAAUGACAUGUUUAAGGACUCCCCGGAGAAGCUUGGUCUUUUGGAUGAUAAUGACCCUGAAGGUGAAGAUUUUGAAGAUGAAGAUGAGGAAGGCGAAGAAGAAGAAGACAGUGAACUGGAAGCAAAGCUCGGAGGUCUGAAAAUCAAGCAAGAGGAGGAAUAGGAAGAUGUGGCAUGAAGUGAUGCUCUCUUGUUGCUAUGUAGGUAGGUUUCGGUUUUAUCCAUUUCUCUCUCUGUAAGACUCUCUUCAGUUCUAUUUCCUUGAAACAUAAACCUCUUAUCUUCAAGUAAACUAGUAGUCUUGUUGUUUUUGGUUAUGAA